UGCCACCUGGCACUCGCUGCUGCCCGGCCCGCGACGCGUUCCCCGCAGGGGUGUGUUAGGGGAGCCCUCUCUCCGACCCUCGACAUGGUUAUCAAAGUGUUCGUGGCCACGUCUUCCGGGUCCAUAGCGAUUAGGAAGAAACAGCAGGAAGUGGUGGGUUUUUUGGAAGCUAACAAAAUCGACUUCAAGGAGCUAGAUAUAGCUGGUGAUGAAGACAACAGGAGGUGGAUGAGAGAGAAUGUUCCCGGGACGAAUAAGCCUCAGAAUGGUAUCCCGCUGCCGCCCCAGAUCUUCAAUGAGGAGCAGUACUGCGGGGAUUUUGACUCUUUCUUCUCUGCCAAAGAAGAGAAUAUUAUUUAUUCGUUCCUUGGUUUGGCUCCCCCUCCAGGUUCAAAGGUGACAAAGUCGCCUGAAGAAACAUCUUCCCUUCCCAAUGGCGAUGUAGCAGGAGAAGCAGAGCGCUCUGCCGAGGGAACAGAGAAGGCCGAAGAAACCGGAGAGAAGGACGCACAGAAGGGGAGCGGUGACGACGCGGGCGACCUCCCCGAGCCCCCGGAGAAGAGCGAAGAAGAGGCAGAGGGAGCAACAGAAGAGACGGAGGACUCCCGGGAGGAGGCGGCAGCGGAGGAGGCCAGGAACAAGGAGGCAGAGGAGGGAGAAGAGGAGCCGGGGAAUGAGGCUGAGGACUCCUAGGCCCCAGCACAGCCCUGCAGUCCUCGCAGAAUUGUCGUGAGGCAACAUUUCAAGCCAUGAAGCAGUAUUUCAAGUUACGAAGCGACGUUUCAAAUCGUGAAACAACAUUUCAAGCGUUUCCCUACAAACCCAGUGAAAUACUCUGCCUGGAUGUGCCCACACCUCUCUUCGUGCAUCGGGCAUUUGCCGAGAACCAUUCACUGGCAGAUGUGGUUGGAUGCAUUCGGUUAGCUCUGAGAUCCUGUCGAGGAGAGGUUAAAUGUGAAGACAGUAGGUGCAUCUCUUCCUGGGCCUGGUGCUCCUGGCCUUUGCUUAAUUUUUUUUGUUGUUGUUCUGCGUGUACAGACAUUAUUAUAUUAUUAGUACCUCGAAUCAAAUGAGCUCGAGGAAUAGAACUUCUCUCUGAGACAUCGCAGAAGUAUUUCGAUACAGCAGAUUUUUUCCUGUGUGCCUUACGCACCUUGCCUUAGGUUUAGCUUUGAAAAUGAGGUGCUUCCCAGAAAACAAUCAUAUAAAUAAAGAUUAAUAAAAAGCAGAUAUGUCCGCCCGUUGUUUCUUC